AUGGCAGAGGAAUUUAUUGUAUCUGGAUCCCUCUCAGUGUGGGCUGACAAGGACCCCACCCCCUGUAUGGUGACGAGCAGCCUGAGGACCAACAUUCUCAGCGCCAUGGCGGCCUUUGCCGGGACGGCCACUCUGCUCCUGGGUUUUGGCGUCACUAACUGGGACGUGGGCAGGGGCUACCUAGCCGUGCUUACCAUCUUCACCAUCCUGGAAUUUUUCAUCGCGGUCAUUGCCACCCACUUCGGGUGCCAAGCCACCCGCGCCCAAGCCCACGCGCCUGUGAUUUUCCUGCCAAAUGCCUUCAGCACAGACUUCAACAUCCCCAGCCCCUCAGCCUCUCCGCCCCCCGCCUAUGAUAACGUGGCAUAUGUGCCCAAGGAGUCGUCCGAGUAGAUGAUCACUCUGGGGGUUGGAGUCCCGCCUCCCCUACCCUCCACCCCCUACCCGAGCCAUCCCGAGCCCAGCCUCUCCCCACCCCCACCUCGUUCACCCCUCGGCCCCAGUCUUCACAUGGUGUGGCACCGACUGGAGACCCUGGGGAUGUCUGUCCCACACAUUUCCCGCAGUGGUUUAUUUCCUUAAAAAGAUAGCUGAUGUCAAGGGUACG